AUACAAAGAGAGAGAUCACAGAUUCAUACUUCAUUAAUUUAUUAUGGGGUUACAAAGCCAGCUCAACGACGUCUCGUCCGACUCCAUCCCCCUCUUACUCAUCGCACUCAUCGCCAGCUCCAUCAACCACCUCCGGUCCUCCCUCCUCGCCCUCCUCCAUUUUCUGGGCCUCAGCCCCCAUCCCAGUCCAGGCUCAGACUACGACGAAGGCCUUUCUGCCGCCCCGGCCGUGGGCUCGGGACUCGCGGGCCUCGUUAUCUUGUCCGACCAGCUCGCCCUCAACCGCCACUUAUCCUAUCCAUACGACCGCGACGACCCCGUUGCCACCGCAGGGGAUUGCAAUUGCGUGGUGUGCUUGUGCACCUUGGGGGAUGGUGAGCAGGUCCGCAUGCUCCAGUGCCGCCAUGUGUUCCACAAGCACUGCUUCGACUCCUGGCUCGACCACCUCAACUUCAAUUGCCCUCUCUGCCGCUCUCCCGUCGUACACCGCGAUGGCGUCGCGCUCACGCGCCGCCGACUCUCCCGCGACCUCCUCCUCUGGUUUUCCAUCAGCUGAGAAUCAAUGGAUGUUAACGUCAUAAAUAUGUUCACAUGGUAUCCACCACUGAUAUCCACUCUAAUCUGCCUAUGGAUUGUGAGUCGUGACGAUUGCCGGUGGUUUCUUACGUUUUUUUCCAUUUUCCUUUUAUUUUUUUAUAUUUUAGAGGGUUGUUGGCCAUAGACUUUCUUUUUUAUUGUUUGGUCCUUCUAAUUAUUUUUCCUACGGCUGUAACUAUUUCGUGUUGCUAAUUAAAUAAGGAAGAGUGAUUUCUUUGUGUUUA